AUGAGGCUGGCAUCGCUGCUGCUAGGUUGCUCGUCGGCUCUACUGGCUGCCGGUUGCAGCGGGCAUGGAGGCGACAGCAAGGAGUGGACCAAGGCCGAACUGGACGAGUUGGAGGCGAAAUGGGGUUUCGAGCGUAUAGGAUUCACGGGCAUCGGCUCCUUCGCCCACCUGAAGCACGCAAAGUGCCUGACGACGCCGUCCGAGUUGUACGACAUCGCCAUCAUCGGCGCGCCCUUUGACACGGCCGUCAGUUAUAGACCAGGCGCCCGCUUCGGGCCCCGGGCCAUCCGCCAGGCCUCAAGCAGGCAGACGUCGUUCCGCGGCUUCAACCCUCGCGCCAACGUCAACCCGUAUGCCAACUGGGCGACGAUCAUCGACUGUGGCGACAUCCCCGUGACACCCAUGGACAAUGUUGUCGCGCUCGAGCAGAUGUCGGCGGCGUUCAAGGAGCUCGGCGCGCGGAGGCCCAUGUCUUCGUCGCUGAGCCGGCCCAAACUGAUCACGCUAGGCGGCGACCACAGCCUCGCAUUGCCGGCGCUGAGGGCGUUGAAGGAGGCCUACGGGGCACCGCUCCGCGUGUUGCAUUUUGAUGCUCACCUCGAUACAUGGCACCCGGCUAAGUACCCGUCGUACUGGACCGCGACGCAGUUCAACCAUGGCUCCAUGUUCUGGAUGGCCGGAAACGAGGGCCUCCUCUCCAACGCGUCGUCGCAGCCGUCGGUGCACGCAGGCCUGCGCACGCGGCUCUCGGGGACCGACUUCGCCGACCACGAGGACGACACGGCUCAGAACUGGGUGCGCAUCGCGGCAGACGACAUUGACGAGAUCGGCACGGCGGGGGUGGUCAAGGCCAUCAUGGACACGCUCGGUACCGAGGACCCCGUUUACCUGUCGAUCGACAUCGACGUGCUGGAUCCGGCCUUCGCGCCUGGCACGGGCACGCCCGAACCCGGCGGCUGGACGACGCGCGAGCUGAUUCGCAUCCUGAGGGGCAUCGAGGGGCUGAACCUGGUCGGGGCGGACGUGGUGGAGGUGUCGCCCGCGUACCAGAACGCCGGCGAGGAGACGGCGCUGGCGGCGGCGCAGGUCGUGUACGAGGUCCUGAGCUCGAUGGUGAAGAAGGGGCUCGAGGGGAUGGGCAAGGCGGGCAAGGCGGCGGCCGCCGCCAUCGAGGAAGAGAAGGAUGAGUUGUAA